AUGCCGUCUACCACCAGAAGUAUGCAAGCGGUCUGGUAUACGAAGGCUCGUGAAUUCGAGGUCCGCGACGUACCGAUUCCUCAGGCGGAAGACGAUGAGGUCCUCCUGAAAAUUAAGGCAUGCGGGAUCUGUGGUACCGAUAGUCACAUUCAUGAGGGAGAGUUCAUUGCAGAGUUUCCGCUCAUUCCUGGUCACGAAGUCGUCGGCGAGGUUGUGGAGACUGGAAAAAACGUGACAGGGUUCAGUAAGGGCGAUCGAUGCGUCGCCGACCCCACCACGGUGUGCGGCAGCUGCUUCUAUUGCCGACGGGGCCGACCACUCCUGUGCGAGAACUACAUCGGUAUCGGUUGCAGCGCACCGGGAGGGUUCGCGGAGUACAUCUCGCUCAAAGCGAACAAACUCUUCAAGAUCUACAACCUCUCUGAUGAGGAAGCGACUCUCGUCGAGCCGGCAGCAUGCGCAGUACAUGGCAUGGACCAGCUCGAUGCAGGCGUGGGCGUCGAUGCCCUCAUCAUCGGUGCAGGACCCACCGGCCUCAUACUCGCGCAAAUGCUCAAACUCAACGGCGCGCACCGCGUCGUCGUAGCGGCGAACAAGGGCGUCAAGAUGGACCUGGCGAAGGAGCUGGAUGCGGGCACCGAGUAUAUUGAGCUAGAUCGAGAGAACCCGCAGGCACAAUGGAAGCGGUUGAAGCAGGACAACCCUUAUGGGUUCGAUGUUGUGGUCGAGGCGACUGGCAUGGAACGGGUCGCUCAGGACUCGAUCAACUACGUUCGCCGAGGUGGGACGUUGAUGAUCUACGGCGUGUACAGCAAUGACGCUCUCGUUCAUUGGCCUCCAUCAAAGAUCUUUGUCGACGAAAUCCGCAUUAUCGGUUCGUUCGCACAGAUGCACUGUUUCCCUCGCGCGGUCGCGUAUCUGGACAGCGGUAGGAUCAAGGUGAAGGGCAUGGUCACCGACGUAUUCAAGGUCGCCGAUUAUGCGAAGGCGCUUGAUAAGCUGCGAAGCAGGACAGCGGUCAAAAUUGCUAUCAAACCGUGA